AUGUUCUCCCAUCUGCUCCACAACCCUUAUCGCGCCCUGCGGGGUUCAUUGAUAUCGGGGGAGAAGAUCGGAUAUCAUUCGUACGUUGGUAUAUUCUCAAUUUCGGUCCUUGAAACCGAAAUGCCUGUUACAGCUCGUGGAUUGAAGGCGAAGAAAUGCCAAAAAGCAUGUACACGAUGCCGUGGUAUGAAAGUAAAAUGUUCCGGCUCUGAACCUUGCACUCGAUGUGCCCGUAAAAAGCUGCACUGUCACUUCCCUGCUGAGGAUGUGCGUAUCUCGGUUUCGGAGCGGUAUCUUCGGCAUCUAGAGGAGCAAAUAUCAACAAGAAAUAAUGGAUUAGCUCCUUCAGAUGCAGCGAGACAGCCUUCCUACGAUCGUAGAGAUGUCAGUGAUCUGUCGCCACCAACCCAGACCUUUCUCUUAGAGGAGCAGCGAUGGAAGGGAUUUACUCAAUCUAUGGAUGCUACUCUUCGUUCGACAAAUACCUUGUCAGCAAGAAGUCUUGAAGGCGACCCUGAUGUGGAGCAAGAUGGCCAUCGAUCCCGUUUCUCUAGAAACCCUCUAGUGGAUAACAAUCCACAGUUUGCAAGAACGCCAGAUGGUCGAUUUUGGUACAUGGGCCCAACAUCAUCAUGGUCAUUUUGUCGGCGAGUUCUAGCCCUCAUUGGCCGUCGAGUUCCUGAGUCCAAUUGUCCUCCAGAUCCUUGGCAUUUAGAUGGAAUGGCUUUCAAGCUGCAAUGGCGCCCAGCAUCUCCUGAUGAGAUUCCUGAUGUUUCAAAUCUACCUCCGCUUGAUUACGCGCUCUUCCUCUUCAAUACGGUCAAAUUCUAUUUCGGCUUCCUAUCAUUUAUGAUUGACGAAGAAUCAUAUCUUCGAGAUCUCUAUGAGUUUUAUGAAGAUCCCGCCGAGAAGGCGACGGGAUCGAGGUAUUGGUAUGCGCAGUAUCUUCUUGUUCUCGCUUUUGGAAAAGCAUUCCUCUCUCAGAAAGGUUCUUCGGGGGCACCUAGUUCCAUCAGAGAUGAAGAUAUUACAGUCCGGUUGCCGGCGGAAGUAGAGAGCUCUGUAGAGCACGUCAAUCUUACGCUGCAUGUCCGUCUUUCUCGAUUAAUGGCUCAAAUCCUGACAACUGUGUAUGGUGUCGGUGAUGAAUUCAAUGGGUCACUCAUUCGAAAUACGCAAUCAAUCCUUCACGAGAUUGCCGAGCUCUCGCACGAUCUGACUGCCUUUCUAAAUGAACAUUUUCAUGGCCUUAUAAGUCGGGCAUCAAAGAUGGCUAUUCGACUCAUGCUCGCGCAUCAUCAUUGCAUUGUUCUCGCAACCAGGCCUCUAGUUAUGUGUGCCUUGCAUAUGCACAUCGAGCGAGCCGAGGAGAGACAGUCAUCUCAAACAAUAUCACUCGCGUCCCCCGUAGCAUCACUUUUGCAGUGCUGUGCAGAUUCGGCUCAGACUAUUCUACAAACUCUCCAAACUUUAGCUGAUGAUGAUUUAAUGGAUGCAUUUCUACCCUUCCAAGUUGAAGAUGCGUCUUCGUCUGCUUUUGUUCUCUAUCUGAUACGCGCAAUCGCCCCCUCCUUGAUUCCAGAUAGCACAUGGUGUGAUCACCUGGAGUGUGUUCUAGAUAAAUUGAUUUGCAAGGGUAGUGUGGCAGCACCCCUACGAAGACGAGAACUCAGUCAAUUGGAGCAAAUUCUUGCACCAUUAACUCCGAAGCCUGCAAAUGAUAACUUGCCUCCCGUUUUGAUGAACACAGAGGUAGAUGCCCAUGAAGAGUCUUAUGCUGCUGAGCAGGUAGAUGUGGAUGACGAAUUUGAGUGGGAUUUGUUGGGCCUGCAUCAGUCAGUGAGCCUUCCACCGCAAGAAUUGCUUGACCUGGCGGAUCAAUUGGACAUGGAAAGUAUUAUGCAGUCAGUUGGUGGGGAGGUAGGGUAA